AUGUUACCUAACUUAUUACUUAUUGCUACUUUAUUAGUUGGAGCUGUUGCUCGUCCUAAUCCUCACCAUUCUGAUAAAGAUUUCGACUUAAAGCUUGUUACUUCCAACAUCAGAUACAAUGCUGGUGAAGGUAGUAGAUUUGAACAUGAAAGAUCAUGGGAUGAAAGAAAAGUCGGACAAAUCGCCGCUUUAGCUGGUCAAACUCAAGAUGGACCAACAGUUAUUGGUGUUCAAGAAGCUACCAAGGUUCAAGUUGAUGAUCUUAUUAAAGGAUUAUCAGCCAAAACUCACUGUCAAUGGAAAUAUUUUGGUGUAGGUAGAGAUGACGGUGUUGAAGCCGGUGAAUAUGCCGCUAUCUUAUAUCAAGAUAACGAAUGGGAAUUAGUCAACGGUACUUCAAGAUGGUUGAGUGAAACUCCACUUGUUCCAUCUAUUUCAUGGGGUGCCAAUAACAUUAGAAUUGCUUCCAUUUCUGAAUUGAAACAUAAACCUACCGGUAACCAUAUCAAUUAUAUCAAUACUCACUAUGAUCACAUCAGUGAUUUAGCUAGACAAAAAUCCAGUGAAUUAAUUGCUGAAUGGGCCAGUUUGAUUCCAAAUGAUUAUGAAACUUUCAUCACUGGAGAUUUCAAUUCUAUCUCCUCUGAUCUCAGUUACCAAACCUUGAUCGAAUCAUUUGAUGAUACUAGAGAGAUCGCCAUUAAGAAGUUAUCUUUACUUGAAACUAACACCGGAUUCGAAUCAACCGACACCGUUAAGACUCUUGAUUUCAUCUGGGCUCCUAAAGGUUCCAACACCCGUGAUUCAUCAGUUGUUGUUGAAGAAUAUAAUGUUCUUGACACCAUGACUGAAGAAGGUUUCAGAUACAGUGAUCAUAGACCUGUUAUUUCAACCUUCAAGAUCAAAUGUUAG